UACCAGCCCCUCUGCGCUCCUGAGGCUCAAGCUGGGCAGCCCACUGCAUACCCUCAACCCUGCUUGGCAGGGGCACCAGAGACUGGACCCAGCAAAUAUCUCAGUAUUCAUCGCCCUCAUUCUUGUUCCCUGAGAACUGGAGUGGGUGGAAGUCCUCAAAUCCUGGGACUAGUCAAGCAGAUAAUGACCAUCACGGACCAGAGCCUGGAUGAGGCCCAGGCCAAGAAACACGCCCUAAACUGCCACCGAAUGAAGCCUGCCCUCUUUAGUGUCCUGUGUGAAAUCAAAGAGAAAACCGGCCUCAGCAUUCGAAGCUCCCAGGAGGAGGAGCCUGUGGACCCCCAGCUGAUGCGCUUGGACAACAUGCUUCUGGCAGAAGGUGUGGCUGGGCCUGAGAAAGGGGGGGGCUCAGCCGCAGCAGCUGCAGCCGCUGCAGCUUCCGGGGGCGGUGUGUCCCCUGACAACUCCAUCGAACACUCGGACUAUCGCAGCAAACUUGCCCAGAUUCGCCACAUCUACCACUCGGAGCUGGAGAAGUACGAGCAGGCAUGUAAUGAAUUCACAACCCACGUCAUGAACCUGCUGAGGGAGCAGAGCCGCACGCGGCCUGUGGCGCCCAAGGAGAUGGAGCGGAUGGUGAGCAUCAUCCACCGGAAGUUCAGCGCCAUCCAGAUGCAGCUCAAGCAGAGCACCUGCGAGGCCGUCAUGAUUCUGCGCUCCCGCUUCCUGGAUGCCAGACGAAAACGCCGAAACUUCAGCAAACAGGCCACUGAGGUCCUCAAUGAGUAUUUCUAUUCCCACCUGAGUAACCCGUAUCCUAGUGAGGAGGCUAAGGAGGAACUGGCCAAGAAGUGUGGAAUCACUGUCUCGCAGGUCUCCAACUGGUUUGGCAACAAGCGAAUUCGCUAUAAGAAAAAUAUUGGAAAGUUCCAAGAAGAGGCAAACAUCUAUGCCGUCAAGACCGCCGUGUCAGUCACCCAGGGGGGCCACAGCCGUACCAGCUCCCCGACACCCCCUUCCUCCGCAGGCUCUGGCGGCUCUUUCAAUCUCUCAGGAUCCGGAGACAUGUUUCUGGGGAUGCCCGGGCUCAACGGAGAUUCCUACUCUGCUUCCCAGGUGGAAUCACUCCGACACUCGAUGGGGCCAGGGGGCUACGGGGAUAACCUCGGGGGGGGCCAGAUGUACGGCCCUCGAGAAUCGAGGGCAAACGGUGGCUGGCAGGAGGCUGUGACCCCAUCCUCAGUGACAUCCCCAACAGAGGGACCAGGGAGCGUUCAUUCUGACACUUCCAACUGAUCUCACCCCUCAGGGCCACAGGGGUGGGGGCUCUCGAGGUGACUCUUGAAGAGGACAAAGGCAUCCAGAGGACAAACCCCAGACACAGGAGAAGCACAAGACAGAGAAGGGCAAAUGGGGUCAUCCCUCCCCCAGCAGACUCAGUGCUGGGGUUGCUGACUACAUGGCAAAGAGAAUGGGGUCCCCUAAGGGGAAAGUGGGGUCUGUCUCCCCCUUUUUUCCUUUCAGUCUUUUUCUCCCCCUUUCUUACACAAAAACACACACCCAGAUCCUAUUUUUCAUAUCCUUUUCUCUCUCUCAUAUACAUAUACAACUAUUCUGUUUCUCUCUCUCUCUCUCUCUCUCUCUCUCUCUCUCUCUGGUUUCACCGACUCUCCCUCCCCCACCCGUUAUCUGCUCUGGGAUCUAUGGAGACGCCAGCUUUGCCCUAUCAAUCAGAGAUGCCAAAAAUGGGGACACAACUUCUGGACAGAUGACCUGGGCCACACUCCCGUGCCUCCUGCCCCCUGCCCCUCCAGACGGCUUUAUUACCUCAUAUGCAGCUCAUCUUGAACCAAUAGAAUCGCUCGGUGGACGAGAGUGUCUGACUCAGAUAUCUACCUCGGAGGGAGUUUCUGCUACUUUAGGGAAUUGUUGGCUGGGUUUUGGGGUUGAACUUUUUUUUUAGGAAAGAAAAAGAAACCCUGGGAUCCCCCUGUAUUCUUUGUUUUGUUGUUGGUUUUUAAUUUUCAAUUUAGUUUGGGGAAGUAGAUGAUUUUACAUGUUGAUUUCCUUUUUGGCUUAAUUUUUUGCUUUUCAUAUUAGGGGUGAUAGCCAAAGGGGUCAUGAUAAGAGAAAGGGGAACAAAUAGAACUGGUGAAGAGUCCAGCUGGCUCCAGUCCUGUCCAUCAGGAAGUACAUUUAGCAGGGCACCACGCCUGCUCCCUAAAAUCACUUAGGUAUUCUCCUUGACUUAUAAAAUCCCAGGUGUUCUUUGCUUGUUCAGGCAGCUCCGUUGGGGGCUCACUGGCUGGCCUCCUCCCUCUUCCCACAACCCUUUGACAGGGCCAGACACAGUCAUUUUGAGGAAAUGCCACCUUCCCCUGUGACAUGUCUUCAAGUCUUUCUUUUUUUUUAAUUAUUUGCAGGUUGGAGGGGAAGAAUGGGGAGGGGGCCAUUGCAAAAUAAAUAUGGGUUGGGGUGCUUGUGUAUGUAUCUCCUUAAAUUUCCCCAGAAAUAAGUUUUUUCUUAGGUCCAAAAUCAUGAGGGUAGGGAGAGGAGGGAGGUUGCAAAGCCAGGUAUGGGGAGAAGUAAAAUCACCGCUGCCCCUUCCUUGGCCCUGAACCCCUUAAACAUCAGGAUUUCACAGACUGUCCCUCGGGGGAAUCCCUCCAGUCAAAGGCCCAGGCAGGACUGAAGGCAGGUUGGGAUUGU